UUCUUCUUAAAUAAUAGUUUCUGGCAUGACUGCUCAGUAAACAAACAAAAAGCAGAUGAAGUUAGCUACUGAAUGACAAGAUGGAGCGAACGUUUGAAAGGGAGGAAGAGCACGGAGUGCCACAGGAGUGAUCUGCAAGCAGUGAAGGAGGUGAAAUGCCGGUAGAUGGCACUCAAAUCUUCAGCAUAAAGCCGGGCUUGCAGGGUCCCCGAAACCUGCGCGCUGAAGCAGUUGUCUGAGAACUGAGAGCACGGAUCCCAGCAGCUAAACAGGAGAUUUGUGAGACUGUAGUAUUUAACGGUGUCUGAGGUGCUAUGCCUCAGUAAGUAGAGAUGCCGGGUGCAGAAGACCAAGAGAGGUGCAGGUGGCAUCCAGAAUUGGCUGCAGAGGGAGGACAUUGGAGGUGGCUGGUUCAGCCGCAGUGAUCUGCUCAUUGGCAUGCAACAAAGAAUCUCUUCAGAAAUAAAAGGAAACAGACCAUCAAAAACAAGUUGCUUAGUGCCUUCUAGAGCAUGCAUAUUUUUCUAUAUCAGAGAAUAUUACAGCUGCUCACAGCUACUACGACUGAGCCUUCCUUUCUCCAGAGCAGAUGUUGUUGGUACUGUUGGGCUGAGCCCAGAACUCUACAGAUGGAUCAACAAAAAUCAUGAAUAUUCAGGCACUAAGGGAUUUGGAAAGAACUGAAAAGAGGCAGGAGCAAGCUGCUGAAUCUAAGGUUUCUCCAGGUUUUUGUGCUGACAAUACCGCUAUCCAGAUUGCUUCAUGCUCUAAUGUGAGCACAUUAAAGACUGAAACAAAUAACAAAUCCUGUUUUGUUGAUUAAAAAAACAAAAAAGAUUCUUUUUUUUUUUUUUUCAGUUCAUGUAGCCAGUUCCAGUGCUGCUCCUUGUAGUACUGCACAGACAAUCAUUCAACAUCUGCUGCUCCAUCUAUCCCUUCGGAUAAAAACUUGCUUUUGCUUUUCUUCCCCUCCUAAUAUCAUAUGAAGACAGAUCUCAUAGGGGUUAUUCUCUGAAAGGCUCAGGUGAUGAACAGCACUUUUUUUUUGCUAUCGCAGCUCCAAGCAGAGCUGGAAAGCAGGUACGACAGGCACAGCUCCAGGGAGUGGCGUGGGAGGGAAGCUGAAGAGGAGGGGCAUGAGGAAACCAGUCUGCCGCUGCUUUACCAUUGCUUCACCCUCAGACCUCCUGGCACAGACUUUUCCACUGCCACAAGAGCUUCUCUAUCAGCAGCUACCAAACCUCUUAGAUGAGACCAGUUCCUCAGAUCCUGUUGUCUCAGUUCCUGGAAGACACAGACAGAACCUGGAAGAAUCAUCUGAAGAAAACUGCUCCCCUAAGCAAAGGCAUUGGAAAACCCAAGCAUUCAGCCUCUGGCCACCCUUAACAAACACAGACUUUCCCCUCAGCAGUCAGGGCUGCAGCAGCUGCUCCCUGGUCUCCAAGCAGCCUGGCUCCAUGGAGGAGGAGGACAACUUUGUGCUUUUCUUUGGAGCCAACACCAGCAAGUGCAGCCUUGAGACUAACCAAACAGGAGCCCCACCAUGCUGGUCAGGGGCUGCCAAGGGUGGCCCUGAGGUGGUGAUCGUACCAGUGCUUUUUGGCUUGAUUUUUCUCCUGGGAAUGGUGGGGAACACACUAGUGUUUGUUGUUUUGGGGCGUCUCCGGCCUGGGGGACGCCCAUCGCGCAGUGCCACCAACAUCUUCAUCCUGAACUUGAGCAUUGCAGACUUCUCCUUUUUACUCUUCUGCGUGCCCUUCCAGGCCACCAUCUACUCCCUGCCAGAGUGGAUCUUCGGAGCCUUCUUUUGCAAGUGGGUUCACUACUUGGCCAUGGCAACAAUGCUGGUCAGCAUCUUUACUCUGGUGGCCAUGUCUGUGGACAGAUACAUUGCUGUGGUUCAUGCCAAGCGUUCAUCAAGCAUCCGCAGCAAGCGCAACGCUGCCCUUGGCGUGGGUGUCAUCUGGCUGCUGUCUCUACUCAUCGCCAUCCCUGUGGCCCAGCACCAGGCCCUUAUGAGUGGCCAUCAGCAAGCACCCAACAGCUCCUUCUGCUGGGAGAAUUGGGCAGAGGGCUCAACAGCCAAGCAGACAUACAAGGUUACGAUCCUGCUAGUGGGAUACCUCCUGCCUCUGGUGCUCAUCACCUGCUGCUAUGCCAAGGUUUUAUAUCAUCUCCAUACAAAAGUAAAGAACAUUUCUAAGAAGUCAGAAAGAUCAAAGAAGAAGACAGCGCAGACAGUGCUUCUUGUGGUUGCCGUGUUCCUGCUCUCCUGGCUGCCGCACCACAUCAUCACAAUGUGGGCAGAGUUUGGGCACUUUCCCCUCAACAACAUCUCCUUCACCUUCCGCAUCAUCUCCCAUUGCUUGGCCUAUGGCAACUCCUGCAUCAACCCCAUCAUUUACGCUUUCCUCUCAGAGAACUUCCGCAAGGCCUGUCAGCAGGCCUUCAACUGCAAGUGCUUCCUGCAACCAGUUCCCGCUGAGAAGCUGGUCAGAAUACGCAUGGAGAACUUCUCUACCACACACUCAACCACUAACAUGUAAGUGGGGCUCAGACAUACCUUCCAGGGUGGAGAGAGAAGGGUGGUGUCUGGCAGAUCAGCUAUAGAGGGGUAUUUUAUGUACCUUGCUGCUAGGCACCGUCAGAUGUGUCUGAAUGUCCUCACGGUGCCCCUAAGAGAAAACCAUUGUACUUAUGCCCAUAAAGGAUAAGAUGUGAGUUUAAACAGAAGGGAUAAUUAUGAAAUGAGCAAGUUAACAAUUACGUGCAUGGACUGUUAUUAGGAUGUGAAAAAUGAGUGACACAACAUUUAUUGAGAGCACUGACAAGCAGUUGGUAAUCUAGCUGUAUUCAUCACUGAAUAUAUCUGUUUCUUAAGCAAUCAUUUUACCAUAUGUGAGCUAUGUAUGUUUUUUAGCUGUGAUGGAAUCUCCAAAUCUCCUGGAAGAAUUUGCCAUAGUAUUUACUUACCAUGUAGUACAACAUGAGGUCUCACUGAUGUGGAUGUCUGUGUUUGAUGGCUCUGUAGAGGCUUGCAUUCCCCAGGGUCUGAAUGUCCACAUACUCCUCGAUGUAAUUACUGCUGUUGAUGACUGGCCCUAGUAACUGCCUCUUUUUGAACAGUAGGAAAGUGAGAUUUCUCAAAAUAUGCUUUAAAGAACUGUUUUUAUUUGAAAGUGAUAUUUACAUAAGGCUUUACUGGUGAAUGUGGUGUUUUCUGAGCCAAAGCUUUUUAUUGGACACAUUCAUAUACAAAUGCUAAAACGUCUUCUUUUGAUUAACUGUUUAAAGUUAUGGUUUGUAAAUAUAUGAAGUGCAUGUUACUUCAGAUUUAAGAAGCAUAUGGCCGGAAGGCCAUUAUAGUGUCACCGUGCGGUCUGAUGUCAUUGUUGUGUGCUUCAGUCUUGACUGACCCAGCACAGGACUCGCUGUAGUGUUAUUCUGGAUUCAUAGACUGUUAAGGAGCUUUUAAAAGCACGUUAUAGAAGUUAAACUAGAAAUAUACAACUAAGAACCAUAAUGACAAUA